GCGUAUUGAAGAAGUAUUUACUCUAAGUAUAAUAAUUGAGUGCAGUAUUGUUCUCAGUCUUCUUUUGUUUUUAAACAUAGUCCCUAGUUGUGUUUGAAGUUUCAUUGAAAUAACAAUGUGUUUAGCUUAACCUUUAGACUUAGUUUAGGUUAACGAAAAAACCAUACCCAGUAUCUUAAAUCUAUUCUGGUCAUAUACUGAUGUUAUAAACUUUUCAUCGCUACACUGUCUCUAGUCGUGAAGGCAGAAGCUCGAAAACGAAAUGUCUGUUCAAACUAACCUUCCAAAAGUGCUCGACCAUUGGUGGACAGAAGUAUGUUAUAAAGUAAGGAAAUCGGUGGUGUAUUUGGAUAACCCUGCUGCUGAGUGUCUACACUGGCAUGGUGGCCUGCUGCGUCUUUUAGAUGCUGGAGCGAUAUGUGUGAAGGAGUUGUCUUCAUUUGAGACAGGAUCAGAAACUGAGAGAAAAGCUGUCUUUGUAGUCAGUGGGCCUCUGUAUGGAGAAUCACUUCAGGUUAUUCAAGACAUCCUGAAGUAUAGCAGUUUUCAGUACAGUGUAGUUAUUACCAGUUUCUCUCCCAGUCAUCAUGACAACAAACAGAUUUACUACACUGUAGAAGACAGGUUGCUCGAGUGGAUGGGUAACAUGAAUUAUACUGCCGAAGUUAUACACAUUCCCAUAUUUGCUGCAAGUAUUUGUGAUACUUUAUUUUUGAUGCCAGGGUUUUCAAAAAUGUUUCCAUUACUGGGUAACAUUGGCACAAAACAAUCGCACCAAACUACAGUGAAAUAUGGUGAAGAACAACAGCAUGUGACUUCGAUGGAUAAUUCAGUGAGCGGGUUAUCAUUUGAAUACCAACUUAAUAUGAAGGGUUUGGUUGGGUGUUUAAACAGUUUAUUCGAACUACUGCAUCUCAAGGAAGAUAUUUUUGCUCUAGGAAUGCUGAGUCGGCUAAUUGGAACAGAUUUGGAACAUUCACCUAUAGCUAAACAAAGAAGAAAGUCAGCUACUACUAGAGCUUCUCUUCUUCUUGUGGACCGUACCCUUGAUCUAGCCGGACCACUGAGUCACGAGACUGAUUCUUUGUUUGACCGUAUUGUUCGAGUGUUACCCCAGUUACCAGGUCAUACUUGUGACGUAGCUGUAGACAUGUGUUCCCUCUCUUCAUGUUUAUUCAACGAUACAGUAUAUGAACGACCUGUAGUUGCACCUGGCUGUUUGGCUAACAAGUCCUCCGAUAUAGCUUCAACAAUGCUGAAUAAACUUGUCACCACUAAACAAAAGGAGUGCUUGAUGGAGAUGAAUCACUGUAUAGUCCAAGUGGCAACCAGAGAAGGUCUUCCUAUUGAUUUAUCUGAAGAAAAAUUAACAAUUGAUCAACUGAAUGACACUGUCUGUGCUUUCAGGAAUCAUCCAGAUGCAGUGAUAACACAUGCAGAGAUUUUACAGCAAGCUCUAGCUGUAAUACAAGCUUCAAGUCACACUAAGAAUUCACAGAUGGAAGAAUUAUUGAGCACAGAAAAACUUCUUGUCCAGAACACUACAAUUUCGGGAGAAGGACCAACAUCGAACCUUCUUCGGCUUAUAGAAAAGAGAAGAGAAAAAUCUUUGACGUUAGGAGAUGUUGUUGUUUUGAUGGCCCAGUUGUUUGCCCUGUGUGGGGAAGAUGUUGUGGGAGAUGGUGAACAAGAAACUAAGCUGCAGGCAGCAUUCGUGGAAGCAAUAUUUCAUGAUGCCGAAGGGGAAUUACCAGAGUUUCUCAGAGAACUAGUUGGUGAGACAGUCCAGGAGACCAGUGUAAUCUCCGCUGUAAAUAUUAUGUUUGAGAAACUUCACCUAAUUGGAAGGGCAAGACAAGAUUUAAAGAAAUACAGGUCUGUUUUGCACAAGGCAGGAGAGCUGGAAGCAGCAGUUUAUAUUCCACUACUAAGACAGUUAAUUGAUGAUGUUUUCAACCCUUCAGUUCCUGAACUUCCUGAUGUUGAGUUGAUAUCCAGAGGUUUGACUGACAUGUUAAAAUCAGGAUUCAGCUUAUUUAUGAAUGUAUCUAAGCACCAACCUCGAGAUCAUCCUGUUUUAAUUGUCUUUGUGAUUGGAGGAGUCACAGCCACUGAGGUCCGACAAAUCAAAGAAAUUGUAGCAAACUCUAGACCUUCUACUGAAGUGAUAGUUGGAAGUACUAGGCUGGUUCAACCGAAGGAUGUGCUAGAAAUGAUUAUCAAGAGGUGACAGAAUUUAAUGUGAACUCCAUUGAAAUGAUAGAUACGAGCUACAGAAAAAGUGUUUAUAGCUCUUAGAAACCAGAUUUUCAUAAGAAAACAUAUUUUUCUGUCAACUUACCACCGGAACCUGAAAAUAAUACAGAACAGCUGAUAAGUACAUGUUCAUUGUUUUUCUGUAAACAGUAGAAGAAGGAGAAAGUGGAAACAGAUUCAUACCACUGAGACUGAGAAUAACAUUAAUCACAACAUUCUUUAUGGCCUUGUAUGGGUUUCUGUUUCAGUUUGUGUUUUUCGCCUCUACUUAUGAGGCAUUUUGUAGAACACAGGUGUUCAUCAGGUGAGCUGUGUUACAAAUUUAGUUGAAAAAAAUAAAGUCUUGUAUAUGGAUAAAACAAGUAAUAUCUUUUUUUGAAAACUAAAAACAUUAUUUGUCUAAUCCAUAAACAAAACUUUAAUUUUUAUGUUACAAGUUCUUCAUUUAUUUUAAUUUAGUUGAAACACUAUUGUAUAUCAGUUGUUCAUGAGACAACACUUCUUAGAAUGUAGAAUAUUCUACACUGUAUGGAGUAGAUGCACAUAUUUCGAGCUCUGACAUGCCAUAAAGAGAUUUUGUUAAUUACACCAGCUAGGGUUUUAAUUUGAAUGUUCCAGGAUAUUGAGACAAUACUUUGAUAAAUGUUUUUUUUUCACUUUCCUUUAAGGUAAUGAAGAAAGAGACUUUUAUUGCUCAUUUGCCGUAUUCUGUAAUGUGGUCAUUGUUUAAGAAAUCAUAAAUUUACUUUGUUUUAAAAUCUUUCACACUUUAUCUUGUGUAGUGGAAGUAAAGCAUGAAACAACUUUGUCCAAAAGAGCUCUAUGUUGAGAGGGACGUGAUUAAUUUGUUGAAGGUUCGACAAUUGUCAUCUGCUUCUUUAGAAAUAGUUUUUCAUCUGGUAAGGUCUGAGGUGAGAAGAGUUGUCCAGUUAUCAGUUGUCUCUCUUAUCUUGUAGAGUAGUUGUGUUCUCAGUUUACAGUCAAGAUUAUUGGUAGAAUAUAUUCCCAAAAGUUGAAUCGAAUUCUCAAUAUGGUGUAAUAACAUGGAAAGAAAUUUGUA